UGACUCACUUGCGCUCCCACUGGCACCUCUGACGUUCUCUUGAGGAUUUUCUACCCACCUCACCUCAGAACCAAACGUCCUGUUCGUUCACUCAGCUGCGAUUCCUCGUUCCCCUUACGAUCUCCUCCUCUCCAGCAAACCUGCUAGAGCGCAAAUCUGAAGCCUGAAGAUUUGUUCGGACUGGAGUCACAGGCUGUCCCGUACAUCUUCUCCUCAGACAGUGGCAGAACACCAGAGAUUACCGGCAUCAGUCCAUCUGCAAUUUUUGGACGAGCGACUGCGCAAACUAUUCAAAUCAACUCGUCAUAUCAUGACAAACACGUAGUAAGCUCUACGGCGAACUAUUCAGACUGGCGGCGUUCGAACGUUCUGAAGAGCUUUUCUUUCCGCGGUGGAUUAUUACUAUAGCUAGAAAGUAGUGAUUACUCAGUAAUCGCCAUUUAGUUGAGAAGCUUCGUGCCCACCAACCGCCUUGGUCCACAAACUCCUAGAGCCUCGCGCUGCCAACCCCAUACUUGAGCGGCGGCAAUGAUCAGCAAGUGGUUGUCUUACGUACUGGUGUAUUUGGCGAUGCACGGGUGGCAUGAUGCGAGUCGCGCAGAAAUGUUUGAUAGGUUCUGACGGCCUACGGCGGGCUACCCUCAAACUUCACGCGCGGCGGAUGGCUUAUGAAGGCUGGUUCUAAAGUCGUAACAUGUAUCGGUCGUAUCCCGUGUGCUCUUCCGGUUUGACCAUGACCCUCAUCUUGUUUCGCGUGAUUUAGACCCAGGAGCGCGACACCGACUCACAUAGCUUUGCCGCCAAGGCGUCAGUGAUCCGCCCAUACCCAUACCCUUACAUAAAUCCGCAUUGCAAGCCGCAUAUUGUUCUUCUCCACGCGCAAUGGGUGUCUACCGACCUCAACGUGCCAGCGUUUCGCGAAUGACCCAUGUGUACCGCCAUCCCUUUGGCCAUCAAUGCGGUCACUAUACUGAUAGCCCUCUGACGGUGAGCAAUGAAAAUAACUCAUGCGAUGUUUGGCUCUGAUAUUUGUGCUUCAGGCAAACGAGCGCAAUAUGAAUAUUUUUUCGCAGUCCUUCGCGCGAAGCCGAAUUGGUGGAUAAAAUUGCAGGACCCCGCUAUUCGUGCCAAAUAGCUAGAGGAAGCCACAGGCGCACCCCCACUGCAUGGUGAAAUACCACUCAAUCAAGCCGAGGUCAGAUAUGUGCUCGACGAAAUGGAUUGGCACGCUACGAGGCGUGACGAGAGAACCGGCAUUGAACCAUCUAUCUACUACCGCAACUGGCAAUCUGACGAGUUGGUUGACGAAAACCUCAUACACCCUUCGCUCUACUGCAUAGUCUACGAACGUACUAUCGUCUUCGAUGCAUACAAUCCCUCCACCUCCCGUAUCUGCGCUAACGUAGACGGUCGCUGGACGGACUACUUUCUCUCGCGCCGUUUUUCCUGGCUUCCCACCGAUUUUGUCAUCUCCCCCGAUGGCAAGUCCGCUAAGGCGCUUGGAUACAUCAACAACCUCAACCCGUAUAUUCACAGUGAGAUGAAUCCCGUAAUCGAGCUGUUCGUGGUCUCCUUUGUGCCCCUCUGGGAGCGCGUCCUGACGGAAAGCCGAGCCGACUUUUCCCCUGCUUCACGGAUUCGGACUGGCGGUAGUGCCGAAGAAGACGAGGAUUACCGGGAUCACGAAAAUCAUACCUUGCAGUUGCCACCAAUUCGCCCAGAGUUUAUUCCCCCCUGGGAGCCGAGCCCGGUAAUUCUCAAGGAUCGUACAUUGCAGAUUAUCACUCCUGAGAAGCCGCGCUAUCCUUGCGGCUCGUGGCACGUCGAAGGCAUGAUUAACGAAGCGAUCGUGAGCACCGGACUAAAUUAUUACGACGAAGAGAACAUCUCGACAAGCCUCCUCGCAUUUCGCAUGGUUGUCGACGAACCGGGAUAUCUGGAACAUGAUGACGAGCGGGCUGCGCAAGCUAUAUACGGAUUCGAGAGGGUUGAUCGCCUGACUCAAGUACUCGGCUCCGUUGUAACGAAACAGAGCCGAUGCCUUGCAUUCUCCAACUGUUCCCAGUACCAAGUGCAGCCAUUCGAGCUCUCCGACAAAACUAAGCCCGGUCACCGGAAGAUUAUCGCGCUCCUCCUCAUAGAUCCGGCGCUCGAAGAGCCACGACCAUCAACCAGCAAUGCCCCUCCUCAGCAGCCAGAUGUGAUGCGCUUUCUUUUGCGGGACAUCGUUGCGAGCUUGCCCGCUGACAAGACUGGCCGGAAGAAAGGGAUCGGUAAGCUGCCGGCAGAGCUUCUCGACAGCAUUGUCGACCAGGCAGACUGGUUGAUGACACGGAGGGAAGCCGAAGAAUUCAGGCUCGGGCUGAUGGAUGAACGGAAGGUCAUGGUGAAAGAGGACGACGAGAUGAUGUUCGCCCCAGAGUUUAAUAUGUGUGAACAUUGA